AUAGGUGUUUGAUAUUCAUUCUUUGCAUAUUUUUUCCGAAAAUAUGUGAUUUUGAAAAUUAAUUUAAGCAAGACAGGUAAAAAACGGGUCUGUGGUCUCAAUGUUUUCAUGAAAACAAUUUACAUAAGUAAUCAUCCAAGGCUUUUCUUCUGCGAAAUCUGUGCUUCUGAGUCCCUACUUUCAAUAAUCUCAGAGCUGCAAAAUACUUGUUGACUUUUGAAUUCUCAUCUACACUUUAGCCAAAAAGAAUGGUUGAUGCAACUGUAUCGUUUGCCAUUGGAAAACUUGAUGAUUUUCUUACUCAUGGAAUUAACACUAGGAGAGGAGUAAAAGAUGGUAUAAGGUGGCUCAAAGAUGAAUUGGCCUACCUCCAAUCUUCCGUCAGAGAUGCGGAAGCUAAACAAGAAUUGAGUUACCUGAUCCGCCAAUGGAUAGAAAACAUCAAAGAGGUUGCAAAUGAUGCUGUAAUCCUUCUGGAGAGGUUCAGUGCUCUCCAAGAAGAACAUUCUGAUCAGGAAGCAGGUGUUCUAGACCGUAUGCGGAGCUUAAUCUGCAUGUGCAAGAAAGAAUCCAAUUUUUAUAGUAUCGGAAAAGAGAUCCAGUCACUCAAGGGAAGAGUUAUUGAGAUCAAGAACAGACGAGAUGAGUACGGCCUUAACAACGUCUUAGGCACUCCAAUAGUGCAGCAGAGAAAGAGAACAUUACUAAGAGCAACCUCCUUUGGAAACCUGGUGGAUGUGGUUGGUUUAGAGGAUGAUUUCAAGACUUUGUUGGCUCAACUUCUAAGUGAGGACUCCUCUCUCAACUUGAUUUCAAUAUACGGAAUGGGGGGUUUGGGCAAGACCACACUUGCCAGCAAGUUGUACCACUCUAGCGAGUUAAGCCAUUUUCAGAGUCGUGCUUGGGUUUGUGUCUCCCAGGAAUAUGAUAUCAAAGAUGUUUUGAAUAAGAUAAUAAAAUCUUUUCAAGGACAAGAAUUUGAUAUGUUGAAGAUGGAUGAGGUUGAUUUGCUUCGACACCUAAGAAAGAUACUGCAAGAUAGUAACCGCUAUCUAGCUGUGAUUGAUGAUAUAUGGGAUGUAGAGGCUUGGGAAAAAAUUAAAAUAGCUUUUCCGGAUAAGAAGAAUGGCAGUAGAGUCAUUGUAACCACACGAAAUAAAAAAGUUGCUGAAAGAGUAGAUGACCGAUGUUUUGUCCAUGAACUCCGUUUUAUGAGAGAAGAUGAGAGCUGGCAGUUGUUUUGUAAGAGAGCAAAACCAACAAGGGAUUUAGAGAAGUUAGGCAUGGAGAUGGUUAAUAGAUGUCAAGGCUUACCACUUGCAAUUGUGGUACUGAGUGGAAUACUAUUGCACAAGACGAGUCGCGAGGAUUGGUCAAAAGUGAAGGACUACAUUUGGAGACAGUUAAAGAAUGACUCUGUAGAGAUUCAAGAUAUACUAAACUUGAGUUACAGUGAUUUAUCUUUCCAGAUGCAACAGUGUUUUUUAUACCUUGCAAGGUUCCCAGAAGACCAUGUUAUUCAAGUUAACAAGCUGAAGUUGUUAUGGAUUGCCGAGGAAUUCAUAACAGAGGCUGAAGAAGGAGAUGGAAUAGCCAUGGAGGAUGUGGCAGAGGAUUAUCUGAAUGAGCUAGUUAAUCGCAGUAUUAUUCAGAUCACAACAUUGUCAUUCAAUGGAGAAGUUCUGCAAUGCCGUGUCCAUGAUCUUGUACAUGAUCUUUCCAUACAGAAGGCCGCAGAGCAGAAAUUGUUGGGAAUUUUUGAUUCAAGUAAACAACAUACAAGUUCCAUCGAUGUGCUGCACAGACAACCACGACAUGCCAUUUACAAUGGAAUCCGUGAGUACUUGAAAUUACUGGGGCCAAGCACUGACAAUUUAAAGUUGCGUUCAUUAGCAUUAAUUAAUCAAAGUAGCAGAAUUUUAAAUAUUGAAGAAAUGAAGAUGAUUUACACCAGAUUUAAAUAUGUCAGAGUGCUGGAUUUGACCAAUGUAAAAUCAGAGGGGAUACCAGCAGAAAUCGGAAAUUUGGUUCUGCUAAAGUUCUUAGGCUUAACACGCGGUAGUACUUACAAAAAAGUUUUGGUAAUUCCACCAACUAUAGGCAAGCUGAAAAAGUUACAAACUCUGUGUGGUUCGAGAUGGAUUCCAUGUGAAUAUGAAUUUCCUAGGGAGAUACGCGAACUCAAAGAGUUGAGGCAUCUGCACUUCUCCCAGGGACUACUUAGAUGGAGAUUGAAUAUUGGUAAGCACCAAACAAAGAUCCAGACUUUACGUACUAUAGGGUAUGAAGAUUGGAUCCAGAUAGAUAGUACUAAUUUGCCCAACCUUCAUACACUGGGUAUACGAGUUGAUUCAGCAGAAGGAAAUGCAUACUCUUUGGACUCUGUGGCUAAUUUAGGAAGUCUCCAAAUUUUUAUUCUUGAAUUUCGCAGUAAUAUUCUUCCCACAAUAAAACCACUAUCACUUUGCAAACGUCUCAAGAAGGUGUACUUGUAUGGUAAGAUAAGAGUUACACUGGAAUUAUUGUUUUUGCCGGAUUCAGUCACAAAUUUAUCACUUCACAGUACCGAGUUCACAGAGGAUCCGAUGCCUACUUUGGGAAGUAUCUCAAAUCUUACUGUCCUUGAAUUGUAUGGUGUGUACAUGGGGAAGAAAAUGGUAUGCGGACAUGAUGCAUUUCCAAGUCUUCAAUUUCUGAAAGUUAAAGACCUCCCCAACCUCGAAGAAUGGCAGGUUGACGAUGGCGCUAUGCCUUCCCUUAAAGGUUUUCAGAUAGAAGCUUGUGAAAAGUUGAAGAUGAUUCCGUCACGAAUAACAUGUGUUCCUCCUAUACCUGUUACAUAUGCAUAUAAGAUAGUUUCUGCUGUAAAGGAAACCAGGCAACGGUAGUUUCUGGUUUUCAAAUGGGAGAAUGUAGUCUGUCUGACACUGUUAAGUACUGAAAGUACAAGCCAAAUUUAAUGUGUUAUUGAAACAUUUGUGGUGCUAUACAAUCUAUGACACCCGCAACUGCGAUGUUUCUGUCACAAGCUUCAGUCCAGCAGUCUGCGGACAAUGCAAACCAGCAGAUCAGAUGAACAGGAAUUGUCAAAUCUAUAUGUCUGAAAAUAAUUACUGAUGAAUGUCUGGGUCCUAAUUGUAGUUCGUAUUUUCUGUUUAAUAAGGAGUAAUGCUGUCGUCUUCGUGUCACUAUUUUAAAAUUUUAUGUAUCAGUUUAUAUGGAUCAUGUGGAAUUAGUAAACAACAAAGAAGUAUAUGCUAUGUUCAA